CUACAAGGAUGGUCAGAGUUGCCAGAGUUGGCCAUGGAUGGUGAUCUCAUAAUCGGAGGCAUCUUCUCGUUCCACACGGACCAAGAUAGGGUUAUAGACACAUUUCAGACCAUCCCCAAAAUUCAGAGAUGCAUUAAUUUUAAUUUCAGAGAAUUCCAGUUUGCUCAAACGAUGAUCUUCGCAAUUGAGGAGAUCAACAGAAACAGUGAAAUUCUUCCUGGCAUUAUGCUCGGAUAUAAAAUCUACAAUGUCUGUGGCACUAUGUAUAUAUUGAGAGCUGCCAUGGCUCUAGUCAGCGGACAAAAGAGCUUGAUCGAUGAAAACAAAUGCACUAAAUCUGAGACUGUCCAGGCUAUCCUUGGGCACUCUGGAUCAACACCCACGAUUGGAUUCACACAGAUUGUUGGGAGAUUCCAAAUACCAGUGAUCAGCCACUUUGCCACCUGCGCUUGUUUGAGUAAUAGAAAGGAGUUUCCCUCUUUCUUUAGAACCAUCCCAAGCGACUUCUACCAGAGCAGAGCCCUAGCUAAGUUGGUAAAACACUUUGGCUGGAGCUGGGUGGGGGCUAUAUGCAGUGAUAAUGACUAUGGGAACAAUGGCCUAGCGGCAUUCAUGCUAGCUGCAAAGGAGGAAGGAGUGUGCAUCGAAUACUCUGCUGCAUUUGAGCAAACAGGUCCACGACGUCAGCUUCUCAAGAUAGUGGAGAUGAUUAAACAGUCCAAUUCAAAGGUCAUCAUUGCCUUUAUGACCCACAGAGAGAUCAAGGUUCUGGUCAGUGAACUGCAUGUGGAAAACAUAACAGGGCUGCAGUGGGUUGGCAGUGAUGCCUGGAUCACGGAUCCUUCUCUUACCGCCAGUCAGGGACACAGUGCCCUGGUAGGAUCCAUCGGCUUUACAGUGAGCAGGGCUGACAUUCCUGGGCUGAUGGAACAUCUGAGGGAUGUCCACCCGUCUCAUUUCCCCAACAGCAUGUUUCUCAAUGAUUUCUGGGAGAUGGUAUUCGACUGCUCUCUCAACACGACUGCAGAACCAAAGGGAAAGCCAUGCAACGGUUCUGAGAGUUUGAGGGACGUGCAGAAUACAUUCACGGAUUUGUCUGAGUUGAGAUUCACCAAUAACGUGUAUAAGUCUGUGUAUGCUGUGGCUCACGCCCUUGACAACCUGUUGACGUGUGAGAGUAGCCAGGGAACCUUUGUUAAUGGGAGCUGUGCUCAACCCACCGACAUACAGCCAUGGCAGGUUUUACAUUACCUCCAAACAGUGAACUUCACCACCAAGCAGGGGGAGAGAGUGUUUUUCGAUGGUAAUGGAGACCCACCUGCGAGAUACGAGCUGGUUAAUUUACAAAGUCCUAAACCAGGCACGAUGGACGGAGUCACCAUCGGUAUCUACGACGCCUCACUCCCUGAAAGCCGCCAGCUUACUAUACAUAACAUCAGUAUUGUUUGGGGUGGAGAUAGUGAAACGCUGCCUGUUUCAGUGUGCAGUGAGAGCUGUCCCCCAGGCACUCGUAAGGCAGUGCAGACAGGGAAGCCUGUCUGCUGUUAUGACUGUGUAGCGUGCCCUGCAGGGGAGAUCAGCAACAAAACAGACUCCAUUGACUGUAUGAUGUGCCCGCUGGAAUACUGGUCCAAUGAACACAGAGACACCUGUCUUCUGAAAAAAGUGGAAUUCUUAUCGUAUGAUGAAAUCAUGGUCAAACUCCUAGCCUUGUUUUCGUUGCUAGGGGUGUUCCUUACCAUAAUGACAUCAGUCCUUUUCUUCUAUCAUAGAGAUACCCCAAUCGUCCGGGCCAACAACUCAGAGCUGAGUUUCCUGCUCCUCUUCUCCUUGACUCUGUGUUUUCUGUGUUCUCUUACUUUCAUUGGCCGGCCCUCUGAGUGGUCCUGUAUGUUGCGCCACACAGCAUUUGGAAUCACCUUUGUCCUCUGUAUCUCUUGUGUUCUGGGGAAAACACUAGUGGUGUUGAUGGCCUUCAGGGCUACACUUCCAGGCAGUAAUGUCAUGAAAUGGUUCGGACCUCCACUGCAGAGAUUCAGUGUUCUAGCAUUUACUCUCAUACAAGUCCUGAUCUGUGUUAUUUGGUUGACAAUCUCUCCUCCAUUCCCAUACAAGAAUAUGUUGCACUAUAAAGAAAAGAUCAUUCUCGAGUGUAAUGUGGGUUCACCUUUUGGUUUCUGGGCUGUGGUGGGGUAUAUAGGACUCCUGGCUCUCUUGUGCUUUGUGUUGGCUUUUCUGUCUAGGAAGCUACCUGAUAAUUUCAACGAGGCCAAAUUCAUCACCUUCAGCAUGCUGAUCUUCUGUGCAGUCUGGAUCACCUUUAUCCCUGCUUAUGUCAGCUCUCCUGGGAAGUUCACUGUAGCUGUAGAGAUAUUCGCUAUUUUGGCCUCCAGUUUUGGUUUACUUUUUUGUAUUUUUGCUCCUAAAUGUUUUAUUAUAUUACUGAGGCCAGAGCAGAACACCAAGAAACGUAUUAUGGAUAAAACGUACGUUAAUAAACUUCAUUAA